ACUUCUUGAUGACAUUCCCAAAUUCACAUCACCACGUUUUAAGAUUGAAAAGUCAAAUUCAAAAUGACUAAUCUAGAUGAUCCAUCAGUCAAUACUCCUAUGGACUUUCUAAGAGAAGAUGUCAAAUACGCAGAAGAGCAUGACUUGCAGACUUUGAGUAUCUUCACUACAAGACAAACCAAAGAUGAUAAGCUUCUCACGGGCGUUGGAGAACCUUUCACAACUCCAUCCAAGAUUUGGGUAAUUUAUAUUCAUGGGGGAGCGUGGCGUGAUCCACUUGUGACAUCUUCUUCUUUCAUUCCAACGAUCAAUAAUCUUGUGACUUCAUCUGUUGAAUCCAAGAUUGCAUCAUUUGCAAGCAUCAAUUAUCGUCUAUCUUCUCAUCCAUCCUUUCCUCAAGAUUCUUCAUCAAUUCCGAAACACGAAUAUCGCGAUGCUAAGCACCCUGAUCACUUAGAAGAUAUAUGUUCUGCACUAUCUUAUUUACAAUCGAAAUACUCCAUCGAAGAUCAAUAUCUACUCCUUGGUCAUUCAUGUGGUGCAACACUGUCAAUGCAAAUUUCGAUGGGGAAAGAAUAUUUACAUUCUUGUGGUAUACCAGAUGAGCAAUUGAAUUUCAAACUCCCACGAUAUGUUCUUGGAGCAGCUGGAAUUUAUGAUUUAAGAUUACUUCGUCAAACACAUCCUCAUCCUGCAUACAAUCAAUUUCUCACUCAAGCAUUUGGGUCUGACGAACAACUUUGGGAUGAAGUUUCACCAGCGAAAUAUUCCAAUUUUGAGGAAUUUGAAAAGAGUGGAAAGAUUCUUGCUUUUGCUACUUCACCAGAUGAUGAAUUGGUUGAUGAGAUACAAAUUGAUGUUAUGUUGAGAAAUUUGCAUGGUAUUAAUGGAGUGGUGGUGAAAAAUCUCAAAAAUCAUUUGAAGGGAACUCACAACAAAAUCUGGGAGACUGGAAAUUUGGCCAAUGCUAUAGUUGAGGUCUUGAAUUUAUUGGAGUAGUCGAUUAUGAGUGGAGAGUAUGAGUGGAGAGUAUGAGUAGAGAGUAUGAAUGGAGAGUAUGAGUGGAGAGCAUGAGUAGUCGAAUAUGAGUAGUUGAGUAUGAGUAAUUGAGUAUGAAUAUUCGGAUGUGAGUAGUCGGAUAUGAGUGGAGAGAUUUAAUGCUAAAGUUCGGAAUUACAAACUUAAUUUGACUUCAUUACUUCAUGAAGUCUUCAUCUAAGGAAGUCGAAUAAAGGUUAUUCAAUUUCAAUCAUUCCCUCGUGGUUGGAAUGUCUCCGUUUUCCGUCAUUUAGUCAUUGCUCGAUGGA